AUGAUUUCUACGAAAUUUGAUGAGGAAAAUAAACUUGUCUCAUUUGAAUACCAAAGCAAGCUAAAGGGUGCUGAUAAUAAUAUUCUGAGCUGUACUUUUGAAUAAUUCGAUUAGUUUGAUAUUGCCAGCUAGUUUUUGGUUGUGAUCUGCGGAGAAAAUCCUACCUACCUAAAUGUCAGAAAAGAUAUUACAGAUGCAAAGUACCUUCAACUCCAAUAAAAUUAAAGUUCCAUCCAAUCUAUAGAUCAGCUACUAUAAAAGGAGUUGAAUUUAAUAGCAUUGGUAAACUAAAAAUACAGAAAAUCUUCAAAAUCAUGGUCGUACCGAUAUUCAAUAUUCUCAAAAUUAUCUGACAUCAUACAAAAAGCAUCUCUUGCAAUUGAGUUGAUAAAAAAAGAAGUCAAUUUUUGUAAUCAUUGCAACAUUUAUGAACCUAGAAAUUAUUACAUAUGGACCUAUAGAUUAUAAAUAAUUGCUCUCGCCUGGAAUACAUUGAGUAGCAGUAUGUUUAAAAAGUUGGUAUAAGAAGAAAUUUUCAGCAUAAAUGAGCACUUGAAGAAAUAACCAAAAGACUCAAGUGCUUAGCAUUAUGUAGAUUAGAUUAAAAGUGAUUAUAAUUAAGAUUGA